UUUGUUUAUCUUUUAGAUACUGAUGUCAAGACUGUCAAAUCUAUUGCUGAAAAUUUUACAAUUUUGAAAAAAUUAUAUAAACAAUAACAACAACAACAACAAUUCCAUCCAAUUGAAAACGUCAAUAUUAAACUUUAUAUACAAAACUCAACAUAAAACAAUAGAAAUAUUAUUGAAAAAUAUCUAUUUUAUGGUCGACUUAUUAAAUAAACAUUGUUUUUGUUGUUGCCACACAAAAACAAACAAUAAUAUUAUUAUUAGAAUAACAAAUCAUAUAUACAACAUACAAUAAUACAACUACAUACAUCACUACCUACAUGAUACAUAUUUACUAAACGAUUGUUCGUUGUCUUUGUAAAUUAUUAUUAUUAUUAAUAAUAAUAUUGACUAAACAAUAAAAAGGAAAAGAGAAAAAGCAAGCAGACAAGACGGAUAUUUAGUAAAGGAGAAAAAAAUAAACAAGAAAAACUAUUCUUCAAAUUUCAAUCAUGGCAUAUUGCAAUGCUUGAACGUUUCCGUUUAUGUAAUUUAAGUCGUCACUGUCGUUUACGAUCUACAGAACUGGCUCGAGAUAAGAAACAAAGACAACAAUGUGUUACAAUACUAUUUCUCGAUGACACUACCCAAACCUUUCGGAUAGAGAAACGUGCCAAAGGUGGCGAUUUACUUGAACAAGUAUAUCAGUUUCUAGAACUAUCCGAAAGGGAUUAUUUUGGUUUAUUAUUUCCCACAAAACCUGGCGAUGUUGUGCGAUGGGUUGAUGCACAAAAACCAUUUAAAAAACAAUGCAAUAGUAUUGCAUGGGAUAAUGACACCGUUCCAUUAUUAGAAUUUAGAGUUAAGUUUUAUGUAAGUGAUCCCAGCCGUUUACAAGAAGAAUAUACACGUUAUCAAUUUUAUUUGCAAAUAAAACGUAACAUUUUAUUGGGCAAACUGCCAUGUUCAAUUAUACACAAUGUCUCUUAGCUAGUUAUACUGUGCAAUCUGAACUAGGUGAUUUCAAUCCUAUAGAACAUCAACCGGGCUACUUAAGUAAUUUACAAUUAUUAGCCGAUCAAUCAUCAGAUGCUGAACGUAAAAUAUCGGAAUUACAUAAAUUACAUCGUGGUCAGUUGCCAGCUGAUGCUGAAUAUAAUUAUUUGGAACAUGCUAAAAGACUUGAUUUAUAUGGCAUUGAUUUGCAUAAAG